UUAAAAACGGUUCGUCUUUCGGUACGCGGUUCACGAGACGCGAGUAUCCUCUUAAAGUGUGCGGCUGGAAGCUCCUUCGCAUCGAGUUCUUUCAGCUCCCAUGGAAUUUUUUUACUCACCCGUUGACGACACGUUUUGAAGUUACCUCCGCAGUCGGUUGUGCUGGACGUCGGUCCUGAGUGCGGCAAUUUCGAUUCGAUUAAUACGACGAGGAUGACGGAUCAAGGAAUUCACUCUUCUCGCAUCUCGAUCUGAUUCACUUCACAGCAAAAUCACAUAUAUGCGGCAUUAAAUUAUGGCUCAACGAAAUAACGGCUCGCACCAAAAUGCGGCGGAACCCAGGGGCAGGCCGGUCACCGCGCACGAAGCCGCCCUCGCAAACCAAUACUUCGACCUCUUCCUCGGCGCAACCACCUUGAAGACCAUCCUAGGAUACUACAGAUACAUAUGCGACAGCGUCCACCUGAAGCCGAACUGCUUCCCACAGUUCUACCCGAAGCUUCGAUCACAUCUGACCUCGUGGAGGGCGAAGGCGCUAUGGAAGAAGUUCGAUCUGAGGGCGAACCACAAAUGCUACGGCAAGGGGAAGAUGUGUCCGAACACGCGCGUCCUCAUCAUCGGGGCCGGACCCUGCGGUCUGAGGACGGCCAUCGAAGCUCAACUUCUCGGAGCCAAAGUUGUUGUUAUAGAAAAGAGGGAUCGUAUGUCCCGUAAUAAUGUUUUGCAUCUGUGGCCUUUCGUUAUUGACGAUCUGAGGCUGCUAGGAGCGAAAAAGUUCUUUGGAAAAUUCUGCGCCGGAGCCAUCGACCACAUCAGUAUAAGACAAUUGCAAUGCAUCUUGCUGAAAGCCGCUCUUCUGCUGGGCGUCGAGGUGCACACCGAAGUCAGUUUCGAGCGAUUGAUCGAACCUAGCUUAGAAGACAAAACUGGAUGGAGAGCGGAAUUCAAACCCUCCGAUCAUCCUGUAUCGCAAUACGAAUUCGAUGUUAUUAUCGGGGCGGACGGAAAGAGGAACACGUUGCAGGGAUUCACGCGGAACGAGUUCAGGGGAAAACUGGCCAUCGCCAUCACUGCGAAUUUUAUAAACAAACGCACUGAGGCCGAGGCAAGGGUGGAGGAGAUCAGCGGCGUCGCGUUCAUUUUCAAUCAGAAGUUCUUUAAGGAUCUGUUCGAGGAUACCGGCAUCGAUCUGGAGAACAUAGUUUACUACAAAGAUGACACGCACUAUUUUGUAAUGACUGCCAAGAAAACGAGUUUAAUUGAAAAGCGCGUCAUUAAGCAGGAUUUGGCCGAUACGGCGCGUUUGUUAGCGCCGGAUAACGUCGAUCGUGAAGCUUUGAUGAAUUAUGCACGGGAAGCUGCGGAGUUCAGCACAAAUUACAAAAUGCUCGAUUUAGAGUUUGCUGUUAAUCAUUACGGGCAACCGGACGUAGCUAUGUUCGAUUUCACUUCAAUGUAUGCGGCUGAGAAUGCUUCGAGGAUCAUCGAACGACACGGCUACAGAUUACUUACUAUUUUAGUAGGCGACAGUUUGCUAGAGCCUUUCUGGCCAACUGGUUCUGGCUGUGCCAGGGGUUUCCUGUCUGCCUUGGAUGCCGGCUGGGCGAUCAGAAGUUACGGUUCUGGGAUGUCGACUCCAUUGGAAGUGCUGGCCGAGCGCGAAUCGAUUUACAGGCUUCUGGCUCAAACCACUCCGGAAAAUCUCAACAAGGAUUACAAGAGCUACACGUUAGAUCCGGUAACGCGCUAUCCAAAUCUAAACAGGAGUCUUUUGAUGCCUCAGCAAACCAUAAGCUUCUACGACACGGAUGAUCCGAAGAGUAUCGACUAUCGUGUAAAGACUCUUUACACCGGCACCGUACUCGACGUUCCUAAGAAGAGAAGAAGGCGGGAUUCGCACGUUGAUGUCGACACCCUUCUGCCUUGGAUCAGAGAUCAAAUAAAGGAGCACGAGGAUCUUCGAGUCGAAGAUAUCACGUCCUCCUUCAAAGAUGGUCGUGUCCUGUACGCUCUCAUCAGCCACUACAGACCUGACCUCUUGGAUUACAGCUCGGUCAAUGCCGAAGAUCCGACUUACAACAAUCAAGUUGUAUUUGAUAUACUCGACAAAGAAUUAGGUAUUCCUCCUGUAAUUCAAGCUGAAGAAAUGGUGGCUUCAGAUGGACCAGAUUAUGUUACCAUGCUAUCCUACUUGACUCAAAUAUAUGACGUUUUCCGCUGCGAAAUUCCGCAUAUUAAACAUCCGAAAUUGGAGUUACCAGAGAGUCUGAAGCGUGUGGAACUACCCUUCAACAAGAACCAUCCAGCACUCAAGCACAUUGCGGCAGCAUCUGCUGGUGUUGUCAACAACCAGGUGCCUGCACCCACUCAGAGACCUUCCAGCAGACAUAAGAGGCACGUUGUGGAUCCGUCUCCGAUACAAACGAAAACUGCAGCCGCUGCAUCGCUCGACCGCAAGAAGAAACGAAAAACCAUGGAGAAAAUGUCAUUCGCCAAUGUGGAAGAUCGGAUGAGGAGGUUAGAAGAGAUUGCACAGAACAGAUGCGAGAGGCAGAGCAAGAGAAGGCAGCAACGGAAAAUGCAGACGGAUCAGUUCAUAAAGAGCAUGCAGAUGCUGCAGGCCAACUGCAAGCCUGACCAUUCGGAACCCUUCGAAGACUACUCGCUGUUUGUCUAUCGGCAGACCGCUCCAAACUUCGAGGACCGCGUCAAAGACCUCGAGAAAAAGUUCACUUACAUCCCAGAGAGAAGUGACCGGCUUCCUUCGCAAGGCAAAGGCGAGAAAGACGACGAUUUUCAGGCCAGGAUCAAGGGCAUGGAGGAUAAGUGGCGGGAGAACGCGAUGGCCGAGAAGAAGCCCAAGGAUCUGCUGAGGGCAAUCGGGAAAAUUGACAAUUCCGAUUGGAACAUCAAGGAGAUCGAGAAGAAGAUCAUCCAGAACAAACUCGGUAAGAUUGGGAAUAAGGAUAAGGAGAAGGUGCCGAAGUGGAGCAGGGAACAAUUCCUGGCAAGGCAGACUAAAAUGGAGAAGCAGCACAUUGAAAGGCAGGACAGUACCGGUGGUAAAUUUGCCGAGAUUGAUAAGAAUAUAAAAAUCCUCGAUUUGCGCCUUAAAGAGGGAUCGCUUAGAGAUUUGAAUCAGCAACAUAAGGUGGCAAAUAUAACCGAGAAAUUCGUACCGAAGGAACCCGAAGCGAAACCGAUCCAGAGGCAAGGCAAUAAAACGGCCCUGAUUAUGCCCAUCCAAGGUAACUCAGAGACUUGCCAUUUCUGCAAAAAGAGGGUUUAUUUCGUCGAGAGGUUAUCUGCCGAAGGCAAGUUUUUCCAUCGCGAUUGUUUCAAAUGCCAGUAUUGUCACACUGUACUUCGUUUGGGUUCAUAUCAGUUCGACAGGGACGGCAGAUUCGGUUUCAGAUUUUACUGUUCGCAACAUUUCGGUAUGCCUGGAGAAUUGAAACCGGUGACGAAAGUCUCCAGGAAACCCUCGCAACGGCACAAGGAGAGCUCGAGGAGCCCCGAGAAGAAAAUGCACGGCGUUGCGGGCGUUGAUUUAUUAGAUCGUGUCCAAACACCAGAGAGGGUGUCCACUCUUUCCACUGCCAAAGCAUCUUCGGACCACGAAGAAUCCUUGAGUCAAAUGGACGAGGAUGAAUGGACAGAUAGGAAUUUCGGGCCUUCUACCGCCGAAAUCAGCGACGAUGAUUCUUCUAGCAUAAGUGAUACCGACUCAGACGACGAGGAAUACGAGGAAGCGUUGGAAGAACCGCCGACCAAAGAAGGUACUCUGAAGUGGGUUGAGCGGUACAGUCGAAAGUACAUGAAGAAAAGCGAUGAUUCCGACAAUUACAGCUCCGACUCCAAUUGCUCCAGCUACGAAAAUAGCAGUGGAGAAGAUGAUUCCGAUACAGCAACGGAAGGUGAAGAAGAGAUCCGUGCCAGGGAGUUGCGAAAACAGGAAGUGCGAGUCGAACCGCCGGUGGUUCACACCGACACCGGCACCGAUACAGAGAUUGCGUCUGAUGAUAGCAGCACGGAUUCCUCGAGUGAGGUGCAAAAUUCGGCAACGGAAAUAUCCACUGAUUCUGAAUUCGCGCAAGAUGAUCCGACACCGACGAGGGAAGUUCCAGCAAUCGUCUUUAAUGAUAUGUUUGUGACCAAGACGAGGGGCAAAUACAUACCACCCAAAAAGGUGCAGGUCACGUCCACAGAAAUCCAGAAGACCGUACUCUCCAAGCCCCAAAGCAAGGAUAUUGAACUCAAAUUCGUGCCGCUCGUGCAGACACCGAUUAGGAAACCGACACCUCAACCGCACCUUCUGAGAUCUGAAGGAGGUUAUGCAUUGAACAGGACCCAGAGCACAGGCGGAAUUGCUACCAAAGUGUCGUUGGAACUGAAGAAGAAGUAUUUGCUUGGCGAUGCUCCCAGUAUCAAUAGCAUUCAAAAAUCCGGAAGCGCUUCGACUUUGGAUUCCAAAUUCAAAUCGUUCCACUCGACCAUAUCCGAUUGCCAGAAAUUGUUAAAGUCAGCCUCGCAGCCUAAAGAGCCGGUGUCCCCUACACCAAGCAAUGCCGUUUCCAAAGAAGUAGUUCCUAAAGCGGAGGAGAAAAAAAUCGACCCGGUCGUGUCUCCGGUCGUUAAUGAAACCGAAGGCCGUCCGAGGAGUCCCGUGCACGAAACUUCGAUAAUUGUACCUCAAAUCGAUUGGUCUCUGCAGAAAAAGCAGCCAGCCUCCACCAGCGAUUCGACCAGCAGCAGUAGCAGCAGCAGCGAAUCUGAACCGAAUAUUAAAAAAUCGCCCAGCGUCAAGGCCUUCAACAAUAUCCCACGCGUGGAAAUUCAGAAUAUCGACGCUAAAGAAAAUAUAACGCUCGAUAGCCUUGAUAUUAACUAUAUCAAAUUAGAAAGCCAGCCAAGUUCGAUAAACGAAUCUACAAAGGCAGCAAAGAAAACUUUAAAUCAACCCAAGGUUCUACCAAAGAUGGAUAAUGACUUGAUUCUUAAUUCGGUGCAUUCGGUACAUCAUGAUCAACCGAAGGUGGAGGAUGCUGGCAGUGGAAGAAGCAGUCCUUCGAUGAACGAAGAUCAACUGACUGCUGUGCUCACCGAAACGGAACUAUCCGAUUGGGCGCACGAUGAAAUGGGUUCGGGUGAAUUGGAUUACGAGCUCAACACGGAUCUGGAGAUAGCCAGUAAACCUGAAAUCAAAAAGCCAAAGGAACAUAUGAAACCGUCAGCGAACAAAGAAGAAUCUGAAGUUCCAUCAAUGAAAGAAUGUGUUACGAGUGUCCUCAAUCCUGGCCUCGAAUUAAACAUCGAGUUCAUGGAUACCGGCACCGAGAGUAGCGACGAUGGAUUAUUCGAGGUGAAAAACAACGGAUACGUGCAAUUCCACGACGAAGAGGAUAUAGCGGAAGAUAGUUUAACACCGUACAUGGUGAAUAUAGCGGAAGCAACGAAUCCCAGGAUUAAAGCCACGUUUGAUGAGGACUUCGAUGAUGUGUCCAGUGUAUCCAGAAACACUGGCUACUGCGUGAUCGAUUCCGAAAAGAACUCGUUCGGCGCGGAGGUAAUCGAUUUGAAAGCCACCGAUUUGGAAAAGUUGAAGGAGAAGCAACAUUUACAGGAACCCGAAGAGGAUUCUUUGUUGAUUGUGGAUGCAGCUGGAACGACUACGGAGGAGAACACUUGCAGUGAUUCAACUGUUAAGAACGUCACCGAAAUUGUCCCACCGAAAGAGAUCGAUGUACCGAGGGAGUCUGAGAUGAAUAGGAAGCUCAGGUUGGAGGAUAAAUUAGCGCAAGUGAAGAAGGAUAUGAAGAAGCAUUACGAACAACGCAAAGACGAUCAAUUAGAAUUCGAUCGGCAUUGUCAGCGAUUACAAUCAAAAAUUGAUUUCGGAAAUGCCAAAGACUCGAUCGACAUAAGGAAGUCGCGUCGUCAGAGCAAGUCCGGAAGUCCACCUAAACCAGACCUAAUUCAGGAAGAAAAAGACGCAGUUCCGGUGAGGACUUUCAAGCAGCAGAUCGAGUACGAACGGGAUGUUAAUAAGAAACUAGUUCAAGAGAUGGUCAUGAACAAGAUGAAGGCACAGAACAAAUCGUUGGAGAGAAAGCGAAGGAAUAGGAGUUCUUUCAGUCCCAGUCCGAACAGAGCUUUCGAACUCACUAAAUCGGCAACGGCGGAAAUUGGUAAAUUGGCUACUCCCGAUGUUCUCUUAUCCACCAUGUCUCCAAACGUGCUUCAAAAAUCGGAGACUGUCGGAGCUUUCAGUGGAUUUGCUACAUCAACGCCCGAACCUAAACCUGCGCCUCGUUCGAAGUUUAACCAGGCCAACAUCCGACCUUUCAGUGUGCAUACGCCAUUCCUAAAGGAAGACAACAUGAUCACCGAAUCCAGUAAUAACACGGAAGCAUUCAGCCUUCCUGAUAUUCACAAGGCGAUCACCGAUGAGUUUAAGACGCCGAAAGCGCCUCCUCGUUUAAAGAACGAAGAGGCCAAGAGAGUUGUGGAGAAGUUGAAGCAGGAUGCAAGAGCCAGAGCACGGCUACUUUCGGACGAGGAUCUUGGUCUAAGUCCAGAAGAGAAAUUGGCAAAACUCCGACAAAGGAUAAGGCGUGGAAAGGAAAACAACGAUGUCGACGUUCAUAUCCAGGACAGCAUCGAGUCGUUGGUCAUGAAUACUGAACGACGAAAUUCUCUGCUCUAUCCGAACAGCACGACGAAGAAGAGCAACAUCUUUAGAAGAUCAAAGAGCGGCGAAGAUCAUUUCAAUAUGUGCAACAGCAAAGGUGAUAGGGAGAGAACUAAGUCCGUUUCCGAAAUAACGAGGCAGCAACUAUUCAGCAUCAAGAAGGUCAACGAAAAGGAUGGCGGGGAUAAGAAGUGCUUUAAAUCAGAUUCCAAUUUGCUGGAGAGCACCAGUCAGAAAGCUGCGUCCGUGGAAGGGGAUAAAAAGAAGAAAGACAGAGAGAGAAGGAAAAGUAUUACCAAGAUAUUCACCGAUCUUUUCGCAAAGAAGAAGGAUGCCAAUAGCGGCAGUAACAAGGGUAGCUUCCUAUCCAGAAUAUCACCAAAGUCCAAGGAUAAAUCCAAGUCUUGCAUAGAUCUACGGCAAACAGAGAGCGAUGUUAUAAAAGAAGGUUUGGUGCGGACCAAUAGCAUUGCCGAAAUGUGGAGGGCUCCUACGCCUCCGCCGGUACCGCCCCUUCCCGCCAACUAUCCGGAAAACAAGGGUUUCGAAGACAGUUCGGAUUGUGAUACGGAUUGGAAAUGUGCGGAUCGUUCGAGUUGCGAUACUUUAGAUCAAUCCAAAGAUUGUUCCAUGGGCAGUCUAAACAAGAGGAGCGGUCGGAGCGCUCGAAAAGCGGCGAGGCAAUCGCAGCUGAAACGACAUCGCUUGGCUCAGGAGAUUCAGCGGAAGUUGGAGGAGACCGAGGUGAAGACACGCGAAUUAGAGUCGAGGGGAGUCAAGGUGGAGAAGGCGUUGCGUGGCGAAUCCGCGGAUGCCGAUCGCGAUGAGACUGAUUUACUUAAAGAGUGGUUCGAAUUGAUGCGUGAUAGGAUGGAAUUGAGGAGGUACGAAAGGGAGCUGAACAUCAGCGCGGAAGAAAUCGAGUUGGAGGAUAGACACGCGAGGCUUCAGCACGAGCUCAAGGAGAGAUUGGAUAAACAGGGUCACAAAACGCAGCAGGACGCCGAUAUUGAUGGCAGUAUUAUUAAAGAGAUGUUGGAUAUUGUAAAUAAAAGGGAUUCACUCACUAAACUCCUGGAGGAUGAUAGAAAAAGGUAUAACGCAGAGGACAGGGGUUUAGAAGAACAGAUGCUUGCAAAAGGAAUAUCUUUAACGCCAAUCGCGAAGGUCGCUGAAGAAUAGGAUCGUUAAUUUAUUUUCAUAUGUAAAUUGUAACUGAAAUUCAGUUUUCCUAAUCGUAUUUCUUUUUAAGAGUUUGACGCAAGACAUUUUGAGAGUCAGCUAUUUGCUCAUUUAUAAUUACAUAUACAUACAUAUAACGACAAGAAAAAAAUAUUAUUGUGCCUCGAGAAUUUA